UCAUAGACAUGCGCUCUUACGGAAGUAUAUGGCUGUGAGAUAUAGUCAUCAGAGAAUGGAUUAAUGAAAGAUAAGAUUAAUUCUUUUUUGUUAAAAUUACACCGAGUGACGUCAUUAAAGUAAUACCAUCGGUUGUGAUUGUAAAGCAUCAGAUAUGUCUGGUUUUGACGAAAACCCUUUUGGGGAACCAACUGUGGACAAUCCAUUUGCGGAUCCUGCCAUUCAGCAAGUUACCACAAAUAUCACCAAUGUUCAGAGAGGACUUGAAGAUUAUAACCCGUUCGCGGAUCAGGCUGAUCAGCGGCCAACUGCUGUGCGAGGUGCCUCUAACCCUCCACAAUACCAAACCAUGCCUACAAUGCCUUUAGCGCAGCCUGCAAUAAUGCAGCCCACACAGGAAACUCCACCACCACCGUACACCAAAACUGGGCAGCAGCAACAACCACCACAGGUUCAACAGCAGUUCAGUACAGCAGAAUUUCAGGAAUUAAAGAGACGACAAGAAGAACUGGAACGUAAAGCUCAGGAACUUGCCAGAAGGGAAGAGGAGCUGAAAAGUGCACCUUUUAAUGCAAGAAGAAACAAUUGGCCCCCACUGCCUGAAAAAUUUUGUUUUCAGCCAUGUUUCUACCAAGACAUUAAUGUUGACAUACCUUUAGAGUUUCAGAAGAUUGUACGAUUAUUGUAUUACCUUUGGAUGUUUCAUGCUUGUGUGAUGAUUCUCAACAUGCUGGGAGGAAUGACAUUGAUGUUCUACAGUGCUGACUUCACAACAUUUGGACUGUCAAUCUUGUACCUUAUACUUUUCACACCUUUUUCAUUCCUGUGUUGGUAUAGACCUGCAUAUAAGGCAUUCAGAAGUGACAGUUCAUUCAACUUCAUGGUGUUUUUCUUUGUUUUCUUUUUCCAAUUUGUGGUCACUGUGAUUCAAACAAUUGGAAUUCCUGGAUCAGGCACGUGUGGAAUGCUAACAGCUUUGAAGACUUUUGAUAGCACUGCUGGAGGAGUUACAGUGGGAAUCAUCAUACUUGUUAUCGCUUUGUGCUUUGGAUCAGCAGCUUGUAUGGAUUUGCUCCUGUUAUCGAAGAUUCAUCGUAUAUAUCGUAGUACAGGAGCAAGCUUCGCAAAAGCUCAGCAAGAAUUUACAACUGAAUUUCUGCGCAACGAACAUGUCCAGAAUGCAGCUACAAAUGCAGCAGCUGCCACCAUUCGUGCCCAGAUGUCUUCAAGUCGCUACUGAGCUCUUUGUUGCACAUUCUAUAAUUGUACUACAAUUACGCAUACAUUAAUGUAAGCACUUAAUGAGUUCAACACUUGAUCUUUCCUUAAACUAAAAGUCAUAAUUGUAAUAUGACAUAUGACUAGGAGCUGUUCUGCAGUCAGCCUUUCAGUGAGAUCAUGUGUGCAAAAUCAGUAUGUGUCCAACACCAUGUUGUAAUAUUUGCCUUCUGUUAUUUGGGAGCUCUAAUAAAAGACACACAUUUCCAGCUGCCAUCUGUAAGGCAGUAUUUUUGUCUCUACCUCAGAUCACGUGGAGCAACCUCAUGGUCUUAAACCUGUAAGACCAUGUUCAGAUCUCUCAAAUAAAAGCUUUUGAAUAUCUAUUAUGCAGUGAAUGUCACAUUCAUUGGGGAAGUUUAUGGCAUAGGGAAUAUAAUACUAUCCUUCAACAAAUAGGAAGUAUUUGAUUGUUAAUUCUUGUAGUGCAUGGUUAAACACGGAAAGUUAUCACACGUUUCUCUCUAUUUUCUGCCACAAGCAUAUUUCAGUUUUGUUUUGUGGUGUCCAUUAUAUGGAAGACAUAUGAGAACACAUCUACCACAAGCAUCUUUUACAAUAUGAAGCGCAUUUUGCCUUGAAUUCACAAAACAAAUUCUUUUAAGAUCUUCCUAAAUUUCUUAAAGAGUUUUUGAGAAUGAUCGUUGAAUCAGAGCUCAUUAUUUCUCUGUGUUGUUUCCACUUUCUUGUAUAAUGUUGCCUUAUGAUUAAUUAAAUUUAUGUUCAAGCAUUAUGGAUAUUGGCUGCACAUAAUUUUAGGAGGCAGCAGUAUUAUGAUUUUUGUAAAGGUAGUGACAGAAGCAUGUAAUGUUUUGUUUCUGAGGAUGAUUGUUUCAAGCCUUGGAAAACUCAAGCAAAGUUGCUUGAAAAAUCAGUUCUAAAUGUUAUACAAUGAGAUGGAUAAUAAUUUAUCUUGUAUUCUGAGACUAUAUACAUAUAGUACACGACUGUUAUCUUGAGACUUGCAAGGAAUGCAGGAAGUCCGAAGCAUUAAAGGCUGAAGCUAUCUUUCCUCCUUCACCCCGCGAGUCUGAAGAUUACAGUCUUACACUGUAGAUGGCAUUGCUGACAAAAUAAAUACCAUGGCAUUUGGUGCCAGAAUUAAUUUCUGUUCAUCACAGAUCCACCAUGGGAAGGAUUAACAACUAAUUUACUCUAAGAUCCCUACUCGUGCAAGGAAUUUAUUGAAUUUCUGACAUUGCUAUUAAUUUUCCAUAUAAAGAUUUGAUAGAAAUGCAGUGCUGUUUAAUCAGUAAUAACUACUUCAUUCCUCUCAAUCUAUCUUAUAAACGUUAAACCAGUAUUGUUCUUACCAGGCUGGAGUUGCCAUUUUCCAAAACUUCUUUUUCUUUCUGUGGCAUAGCAAAACAGGUAGAUACCAUACAAUGUAUUGUAACACAUAUGUAAUUUAGCCACAUUGUCUGUUACAUGGAAAAGUGUAAUAUAAUGAUUGUUGGCACAAGCCAGUUUAUAGCUUGGUGUAAAUGUUGGGUAUGAUCAUAACAAUGGAAUUUGGAAACGUCCACUAGUGUUCUUUAUUUGAUUCUUGACUAGUUAUGCUUAAUAUAAGUCUAGUAAUUUAUGCAGAUAUGUACCAAUCAAAUAUUACUAUAUUUAAGAUGAAUAAUUACAAGGGUGUGACAUACAUGAAACUCUUUAAUCACAAGGAAAGUGUAUGUAUUGCUUACUGUACGUCUUACAUGUAAUAAAAAUGAGCUGUGAUCAGUGUAUUUCUAAAACUAA